GUUAAAGUAACACAAGAUUGUAUUGCAGCAAAAUGAAGACUGUUCUUUGUUUUACAAAGCCUUAAUGUGCUCUUUCUGUGUUCGUUGUGGCAUCUAGACUUAUGCCACUGGCUUGUAACAAAGGAAAGAAGGUGGAUGAUAAUUCCUUGAUUUUGCCGCUCUAGGAAUCGGAAUGUGCUUUUACGCUGCUUCUGGUGGCAAUAUAUUGGUUAACAGAAGUGAUGCCUCUUUCUGUAACGGCUUUACUCCCAGCUCUCACGUUUCCACUCUUUGGCAUCAUGAAAUCCUCAGAAGUUGCAACUGCCUACUUCAAAGAUUUUCAUGUUCUGUUAAUCGGCAUUAUUUGCUUGGCUACUUCCAUUGAAAAAUGGAAUCUACACAAGAGAAUAGCCCUGAGGAUGGUGAUAGUGAUGGGAGUCAAUCCUGGACGGUUAAUGAUGGGGUUUAUGCUCAGUUGUGUCUUCCUCUCAAUGUGGCUCAGUAACACCUCCACAGCGGCCAUGGUAAUGCCAAUAGUUGAGGCUCUUCUUCAGCAGAUUAUGAAUGCAGAAGCAGCGGCUAAUGUCACUCAGAAUCCUUUGUCUGGAUUCACCAACCAAGCUUUGGAACUGAAUGAGGAGGGAUCUGUAAUGAAGAAGUUGGAAGAAAAGGAGGAAAUAGUAAAGGAAGAGGAAAAAGAAGAAGUGAAACAAAAAUACAAGCAAAUGAAUGGAUGUGGCUUUGAUGUAGAUGUUCAAGCAAGCAAUACAGAGCCAGAUGAGGCUUUGAAAGAAGAAGCUGUCGGCAAAUACAAAAGUGAGAAAGAUCGUAACUUCUGUAAAGGAAUAUGUCUUUGCAUUGCUUAUUCUACCACAAUUGGAGGAUUAACUACUAUUACAGGCACCUCAACCAACCUUAUUUUUGCUGAGCAACUUUACAUGCACUACCCAGAAUGUCACUGUGUAAAUUUUGGGUCUUGGUUCAUACUGGUGCUCCCCGUGACUGUGAUCAUUAUGGUUUUAUCUUGGGUCUGGCUGCAUAUCCUUUACUUUGGUUUCAACUUUUCAAAGACAUUUGAAUUUCGCAAAGAAAAAAGCAACCAAGAAAAAGCAUUGAUAAACUUGAUUGAAGAGGAAUACAGGAAGCUUGGACCCAUGGGGUAUCAGGAGAUUGUUACCCUUGUUAUAUUUUGCUUCAUGGCAAUAUUGUGGUUUAUGCGCGAUCCUGGAUUUUUCCCUGGCUGGUCCAAUCUUUUUCCACAGUGCAAAGGUUUUGCCACCGAUUCCACAGUAGCCCUCUUGCUGGGAAUUCUAUUUUUCAUCUUGCCUGCUGAGAAUCCUGCUUCAGGUUUUAAAAAGAUGGGGGAGGAGUACACAACACUUAUUACCUGGAAAGAGUUCCAGUCGUGCAUGCCUUGGGAAAUAUUAUUACUAGUUGGUGGCGGCUUUGCCCUGGCGAAGGGUUCUGAGGUAUCUGGGCUUUCCUUAUGGGUGGGAAGCAAGCUGGAACCUCUCGGCAAUUUGCCAGCCUGGCUGAUCGUACUGGUGUCCUCUCUGAUUGUCACAAGUGUCACCGAGGUGGCUAGUAACCCAGCCACCAUGACAUUCUUCUUUCCAAUUCUAGUGGCCUUGUCUGAAGCCGUUCAUAUAAAUCCACUUUACUUAUUAAUACCCGCAACUCUUUGCACCUCAUUUGCAUUCCUCUUGCCAGUGUCCAAUCCUCCAAAUGCCAUUGUCUUUGGGUACGGCCACCUCACAGUCUUGGACAUGGUAAAAGCUGGAUUGGUUGUUAAGCUGUUCAGCAUUGUAGCUGUGAUGAUUGCAAUAUCAACUUGGGCUGUUCCAUUAAUGGACCUCAAAACAUAUCCUUCAUGGGCGCAAGACUUCAAAAAUACAACAGCUCCAUAGCACCUAAAAUGUAAAUGAACAAGCCAAACUUGACAGAGAAUCCUAUUGUUAUUAAUAUGAAGUAAGAAGGCAAUGUCUUACGGUGAGACUGUCUAAAGCAACAAUCUAUACAAUAAGAAUUUCUGGCUGUUCAAUUCAGGGCCAUGUUCCAAUGAAAGAGCCAAACUACAGCAAAGAAUGUAAUGGGAAUUAUAACUGGAAUUCUGUAUCCAUUUGAGAAGAUUAUAGGUACUUCACACUGUGCAAUAUUUAAUUUGAGAUGAAAUUUAGAACAUUACAGCACAGUACGGGCCCUUUGGCUUACGAUGAUGUACUGACCUUUUAACCUCCUAUGUUCAAUCUAACCCUUCCCCCCUACAUAGCUUUCCAUUUUCUAUCGUCCAAUUGCCUCUCUAAGAACCUCUUAAAUGUCCCUAAUGUAUCUCCCUCUACCACCACCACUAGCACCACUUUCCUUGCACCCACCAAUCUCCGUGUAAAAAAAAAAGCCUACCUCUGACACCCCUCCUAUACUUUCCUUAAAACUACGCCCCUUCAUAUCAGCCUUCUGCCCUGGUGGAAAAAGUUUCUGGCUGUCUAUCUAAUCUAUGCCUUUUAUCUUGUACAUCUCUAUCAAGUCACCUCUCACUUUCCUUUGCUUCCAAGAGAAAAGCCCUAGCUUGCUUAUUGUGACCCCAUUAGACAUGCUCUCCAGUCCAGGCAACAUCCUGGUCUUUCCAUUCUUUCUAAAGCCUCCACUGUAAUGAGCUGACCAGAACGGAACACAAUAUUCCAAGCACAAGGAAGUCUGCAGAUGCUGGAAAUCCAGAGCAACACACACAAAAUGCUGGAGGAACUCAGUAGCCCAGGCAGAAUCUAUGGAAAAAUUGACAUUUUGGGCCAAGACCCUUCAUCAGGACAAUACUCCAAGUAUGAUCACACCAGGGUUUUAUAGACCUACAACAUUAUUUUGUGGCUCUUAAACGCAAUCCCCUGACUAAUGAAGGCCAUUACACCAUACACCUUCUUAACAACCCAAUCAAGCUACGUCAUAAUAUUGAAGGAUUUAUAGACACAGGACCCAAGAUCACUCCCUUCCUCCCCACUGGUAAGAAUUCUGCCAUUAACCCCAUGUUCCACCUUCAAAUUCAGUCUUCCAAAGUGAAUCACUUCACAGUUUUUCAGGUUGAACUCCAUUUUCCACUUCACAGCCCAGCUGUGCAUCGUACUGAUGUCCUCUUGUAGGCUAUGAGAACCUUCAAUGCCAUCUACAAAAUUGCCAAGCUUAGUCUUAUCUGCUAGCUUACUAACCCAUCCUUCUACUUCAUCAUCCAAGCCAUUUAUAAAAAUGACAAGGGCAGGGAUCCCAGAUCAGAUCCCUAUGGAACUCUACUGGUCACUGACCUCCAGGCAGAUAAUGCUCCAUCUUCAACUACCCUCUGACCUUCUAUGGGGAAACCAAUUCUGAAUCCAUACAACUAAGUUUCCCUGGAUUCCAUACCUUUUGACUGUCUGAAUGAGGUUACUGUGGAGAUCCUUAACAAAUGCCUUACUGAAAUCCAUAUACACCACAUCCACCACUCUACCUUUAUCAGUGUGUUUUGUCACAUCCUGAAAGAAUUAAAUUAGGCUCGUGAAGCAUGAUCUGCUCCUCACAAGGCUAUGCUGACUAUUCCCAAUCAAUCUAUGCUUCUCCAAAUGCUCAUAAAUCUUGCGCCUAGGAAUCUUCUCCAAUAAUUUGCCCACCGGUGAAGUAAGACUCACUGGUUUAUAAUUCCCAGGGUUUCCCAGCUCCCUUUCUUGAACAAAGGAAUAACAUUUGCCACCUUACAUCAUCUGUUAGGACUACAGUGGCCAGUGAAGACACAAAUAGCAACAAGCUCCUCCCUCACUUCCAGUAGAAACUAUCAGUACCUCCAGUUGAACUCUGACUUUUUGUGUGUUUCCCCCUGGAUGUCAGCCUAUGGUUUUGUAUUGCCACGUGCUCCUGCUCUACUCUGGCCCCUGUAUUACUGAGUACUCCAUCUCUCUUCUGUUUCUCAUUACUACCUGUAUUGCUGCCACCUGUGUCUCAUUGUGCUCCACCUAUCAUCUGCCUCUCUGUUUAUUGCUCAGUGUGUUUCAGUCCUGUGUUUUCACCUGUUUGUUGCCAGAUUGUGCCAGUGAAUUUUCCUGAGCCUUUCCAGCAUUUGUAUCUGUACUCUGUCCAUCCGAAUACUGACUCUGCCUGUUUCCCGAUUCUGGUUUUUGGAUUUCUCUGGAUGUUUUGAUCUCUGCCUGAACUCUGAUGCCGACUUUGUUUGCACCUUGGGAUUUGUUACUCAAUUAAUAUCACUGUGUGCACAGUACUAGGACUGUGAUUGGAUCCCUGCUCCAGCGUCCUGACAAGUAACCUAGGAUAUAUUCUCGCAAACAACAGGAAUUCUGCAGAUGCUGGAAAUUCAAGCAACACACAUCAAAGUUGCUGGUGAACGCAGC